AUGAAUCAACACAUAUCUAAUCCUGACACCUUCAUCAAAGCUGAUCUACCAUUGAUAAACCAGCAUAAUUUAUCUCACGCUCACCGACAUCAUCUCCGUCUGCAUCGAAUGCCAUCUGGCAGCGAAGAAGAAGGGGAUGAUGAGUUGGAUCCAAGGAUUCAGGUUGAACUUGAAAAGUUAAACAGAGCUAGUGAGGACAUCAACAGACUUGAGAUGGAGCUUGAUGAUGCAAGAACAGCCUUUCGCCAAGUCCUGUCCGAAUCGACUCAGUGUCUCAAUGCUCUCUCCAGGAGACUUGGCAGCUGUGUGGAAAAAGCACGUCCUUAUUACGAUGCCAGAUUGAGACUCAGAGAGGCUCACCUAGAAAGCCAAAAGGCAGUGCUGCGGUUUGAGAGAUCUCGGAGGAUGCACGAGGCCGCUAGGGAAAUGGUCCAGCUGGCAGAAGAGGGCUACAAACGGCGAGAGAAAGAUUUGGAUCCAACCUGGCAGGAGAUGCUGAAUCAUGCCACUCUUAAGGUCAAUGAUGCUGAGAAAGAAACACUGGAGAGUGAGCAGAACCAUCAUGCAAUCACACUGGUCUUCAAGCGCAAGGAGGAGGAGGUGCAUCGUCUGCAGAAGGACCUCAAGAAAGUCAUUACAAAGUCCAGGCCAUACUUUGACAUGAAAGAGAAGUUUCACCAACUUUUGGAGAAUCACAAACGUUGUGUCAGCCGGCUGGAGAACGAGGUGGGUUCGGCCAAGUCCCUGUACUCUCAGACCUUGCACAACCUGGAGGCCAUCAGUGACAGCAUUCAUCAGCACCGGCUGGAGCAGAGACUGAAGCUACAGCUCGGGGUCAGAGAGGCUGGGGUCGGGGCCGAAGCUCCAGCACCAUCACCAACCUGCAGUAAAGGCAUGACUGUUGAAGGCAGCCUGUCCUCCCAUGGUAUUUACAGUGAGGUGGACACAGAUUCCAUAGAUUCUGGCCAGACUUUUACCAAUUCCAAGACCAGAGGAGACAUCAGUCAGUCAACGAGAUCUGUGAGUACACUGUCAUGUGACCCAGUUUACGAUAUAAAUGUAUGCACACACGAUGCCAGUCUCAAAGAUGGAGACAUCAAGGGCAGUGAACUGAAUGCAGCUGAAUUAAAUGCCAUCUCAUCAGGCCUUCCCAGAGUGCCAUGCAUGUGCAGGUUUCCACACAAAUGUCUACCAAACUUAAAUUGCCAGUUGGCAUCAAGAAACUGUGCUUGCCCGGAUGUUUUGGAACUGAGUAAUUUUCCAAUUGAAGGAUUGGCAGAAGGUGCAGCUUCUAAUGAUGCAGGUGAAGGCUGUUGUAGUGUCAGCCAGGCAACAGGCAACUUGUCUAAGGCAUAUGGAUGUCAAAAUGUGGUUUGUCAACAACUGCCGAUCUCCAAGUCUCCAGAAAUGAGUUCUUCUAUGUCACAGUCAUUGAAACAGGACCCAGAACUCGGCUUUUCCCGCGAGAACCAGGAACACAAAUCUCUCAGCUCAAAGGAUAUUGCUGUGCCCUCAAGGUCCUUACCUAUGUCCUUGUGUCACCCCUCCAAGCUUUCUAGUCCUUCAGAAGAUCUUUCUGUGGCCUCGCACAACUGUUCACUUCUGUCACUGUCCAUACAAGAUCUCUCUAAGCUUCCUUCACAGACUCCAUCCCAGCUGUCUUCAGAGUUGACAGCAGGCACGAUUCAUGGCAGGAUCAUCAGAGAUGCAUUGUUGCCCUCACUUGUACAGGAUAGAGCAACUCCAGCAACAUCUUCAGAACCUUUCCAUCAGACCCAACCACCUCUACCUCAGACCCAACCACCUCUUCCUCAGACCCAACCACCUCUCCCUCAGACCCAACCACCUCUCCCUCAGACCCAACCACCUCUCCCUCAGACCCAACCACCUCUCCCUCAGACCCAACCACAUCUCCAUCAGAUUCCACCGCCUCCAACAGACAUUACUGCUGUUAGUUCUCCAGCAGAUCCUUCCAUCAGGAUCAACAGAAGCCAGUCUCUGCCUAUUUCUUCCACAGCUGGCAGAUCAGCAUCUUCACAGUAUAACAUUACAUGCAUGGGAAGCCCACUAGAGGAAUGCACAUCUCUGCCAGGAUCUUCAGCCAACCAUACUAAGACAUCCAAACUGCAAGGAGUCAUUUUACAGGUAGACACAGCCAGCAUAUUGUCAGACCGACCUUCAGUACAUCCAUCAGCAGAUCUUGAGAAGGGCCCAAAAGUUAUCAUUUCAACACACCAUCCCACAUUAGGUGUCUUUAUCGAAACACCUUCUCAGUCACAUUAUUCAGAGUCACUGUAA